GCUCCUCUCAACUACAUCUUGGUCAACAUCUCCUUCGCUGGCUUCAUCUUCGUCACCUUCUCCGUCAGCCAGGUGUUCGUCUGCAGCGCCAGGGGCUACUACUUCCUGGGUUACACCAUGUGUGCCUUGGAAGCUGCCAUGGGCGCCGUAGCAGGCCUGGUGACGUCCUGGUCGCUGGCUAUGCUUUCCCUUGAGAGGUACCUGGUCAUCUGCAAACCCUUUGGAGCGUUCAAGUUCGGCAGCUCUCACGCCGCCGGCGCCGUGGUCUUCACCUGGUUCAUGGGGGUGGGCUGCGCCUCCCCGCCUUUCUUCGGCUGGAGCAGGUACAUCCCCGAAGGGCUGGGCUGCGCCUGUGGACCCGACUGGUACACCAACGACCAGGAGCUGGGCACCACCAGCUACAUGUACUUCCUGCUGAUCACCUGCUUCUGCAUGCCUUUGUCCAUCAUCAUCUUCUCCUACUCCCAGCUGCUGGGAGCCCUGAGAGCCGUUGCAGCCCAGCAGGCGGAGUCUGCGUCCACCCAGAAGGCUGAGAAGGAGGUGUCCAGGAUGAUCAUCGUCAUGGUGGGCUCCUUCGUCACCUGCUACGCCCCGUAUUCCUUGACGGGUCUCUGGUUCGCCAACUCUCCAGAGGUCAACAAGGACUAUCGGCUUGUCACCAUCCCAGCGUUCUUCUCCAAGAGCUCCUGUGUCUACAACCCGCUCAUCUACGCCUUCAUGAACAAACAGGUGAGGACAAACGCCCCGUCCUUACCUGAUCCAGAGGGACUUCCCCAAAGGACUUUUGAAGAGCCGAGAUUGGAGGAUCCACAGGAAACACCAACGUCUAAACAGUUUUUAUGUGAGACAGCAGAGGAUGAUUUGUUUAAAGUAUUAGUUUGUCCUAAGUUCUGCAAAAGGAAUCAGUGCGUCCUGUCUGAGCUAAAAGGUUUGACCCGCAUGCAGAAACCACUCAGAGACGUUAGAAAGUUGGGACAUUUAUUAAGGAAACACACAGGAUCUGUUUGUCUGAGGAGAGACGUUAGCUCCAACAGUGGAUCAAAGCUUCUGAGUAAAUGUGGAGCUGGCUUACGGGUUCUGGCAGAGCUGGCAGUGCUGUGCCGUGGUUAGCUGACCACUGACGUUUAGCAGGGUUUCAGGCAGGGACUCACAGGAGGAAGGAGCUGUGGAGGACGACCUGAGGCAGAUGUUCUUCUGGGACGUUAUGGAGAACUUAGAGCGUUCCCAAGCGCUGACCUGAUCAAAUGCAGAGGACAGAAAUGCGUGACAUGAACUCAGACACUGAACGUUUGGCUCCUGUCAGUAUAAGAGGACCGGAGGCCGUCAUGCAGCCAUCCAAACCCAGGCGGGGGACGAGGAGGUUGCUCUGCAGGGUGACAGCAGCUGACUUGGUGCCGCUCUGAACCGUCACUGGAGGCAGAGACAACCAUGGCUCCACCAGCCCUCUCUCACUGCAGACUGUGUGGGUUCAAGCUCCGUUUAAAGCAGCAAACCAACGGUUUAUACUUAGGAAACAAUCAGUAUUAAUAUCCACCAUGGAAACAAUAACAUAGAACUUUAUUUCUUUCAGUUUUUCAUCAAAGCUGUGGGUGUUUAAAACCUGCUUUCUGCCAGAAGCAGCUCUGCAUCAGGGAGACCAGGCUGGAGGAAAGCGCCUGGCUCAGGAACCGCUGCCACAUCCAGGAUGACCACAGGAGGCAGAGGUGGUGGCAUCCAGCAGCUGCUGGAGGGGCUGCCCUGCCGCAGGAGGCCAGACCCACCGGGCUUGAUGGAAAAGCACCAUGGCUCUGAUCCAACCGGGUCCAGACCGGGUCCAGGAGCUAGAACUGUCUGCGACGGUCCAGUCAGCCUGGUUCCUAGACUUGAACGUGACAGACUGUCCUUUCUUCUCCUUAGGAUGCAAACGCACCAGCCAGAAUAAACAUGUUGGGCUGGAAUGACCUCAGCGCUGACCAGAACCAAGCUGGAGGUAAAGAACUGGAUCAGAACCUGGAGAACGUUUCUCCUCCUGAGUUUAAAAAGGAAACAACUUCCUGGAUUCGCUCCAGCGCCUUGAUGCCUCCACCCUAACAUGCACCACCACAAAGCGCUCAGGGUCUGGAUGUGAUGUCUGGCCCUUCGCCACCCCCC